CCAGGCUCACUCAGUCCCCUCUGCAGCUCCUCCCUGGCCCAGGCUGCCCUGUGACCCCACACCCAGCACAGCCUCCACCCUGAGGCCUCACAGGUGCCCCUGUUGUGCCGCCAGGCCGAGGGCACAGCGCUGUGUGGUCGGUACCGGGGCCUGGGGAGGGAGGGAGAGGGAGAGGAGCACGUCUGCCCCUGUGACGUCUGUGUUCUGUGCCUUCUGGCCCAUUAUGGAGAGCAGAGCGGGCACCUGUGAGGGUUAGGGGGGGUUUGGCUGCGUUCUCUCAGGGGUUGGUGUUUGGCUGUGCUGCCUCCUGGGGAUUUUGCAGCACGCCUUGUUACAGAACGUGGUGAUACAGGGCUGCUGUGGGGACAGAAGUGACCACGGCCUGGUUGCGUGCCCGCAAGCUGCCACUUCCUCCUCCUUCGCCAUCGCUGCCAGCAUUCCCCAAUCACAGACGGGCCAUAAAGCCGUGUUUCCCCAUGUUUGUAAAUCCGUGUUCAAGUCGAGCCCUCUCCUGUUCCCUGUUCCAGCAGGUGCCUCCCCAGCAGCUGGUGGUGGAUGGGGAGCAGUGAUAAGAGCACCCUGAGGCAGUGGCAGUGGCAUCCUGGAGCUGCAGUGCGUGGCAAGGUGACCACGAUGCUGCAUCAACAUGGGAAGCCCUGGAGGUCCAUGUGCAAGGGGCUCGUCCUGGGGACCCUCCUGACCAGCUUCAUGCUGCUGCUUUACUCCUACGCCGUGCCCCCGCUGCAAGUCAGCAUGACAGAGAUCCCCGUCCCCUCCUGCUCCUCCUCCCAGCUGCAAGCCAAGGGGCCAGUGAUAACCAAUGGCACGCUCAGCGCUUCGGGAGCCAACUGCCGGCCCAAGCUGGACAUCAUGUUCAUGAAAACCCACAAGACGGCCAGCAGCACCAUCCUCAACAUCCUCUUCCGCUUCGGGGAGAAGCACCGCCUCAAAUUCGCCUUCCCCAACGGCCGCAAUGACUUCUACUAUCCAUCCUUCUUCGAGCGGAGCCAGGUGCAGCACUACCGCCCCGGAAUGUGCUUCAACAUCAUCUGCAACCACAUGCGCUUCCACUACGAGGAGGUGCGCAAGCUCCUGCCGGCGGACACCACCUUUGUGACGGUGCUGAGGGACCCUGCCUACCUCUUCGAGUCCUCCUUCCACUACUUCGGGCGCGUCAUCCCCCUCACCUGGAAGCUGCCGGGGGAGGACAAGCUGGCCGAGUUCUUGCGGGACCCCUGGCAUUACUACGACCCGAACGGGUUCAAUGCUCACUACCUCCAAAACCUUCUCUUCUUCGAUUUGGGCUACGACAACAACAUGAACGCCGACAGCCCGCUGGUGGAGCAGCGCAUCCGGGAGAUAGAGCAGCGCUUCCACCUGGUCAUGCUGCUGGAGUACUUCGACGAGUCCCUGGUGCUGCUGAAGGAGUUGCUGUGCUGGCAGCUGGAGGAUAUCCUCUACUUCAAGCUCAACGCUCGCAAGGGUUCCACCGUCUCCCGGCUGACGCCUGAGCUCUACGACAAAGCGACUGCUUGGAACCUCAUUGAUGCCAAGCUCUACCGAUAUUUCAAUGCCACCUUCUGGCGGAAAGUGGAGGCCUACGGAAGGGAGCGGAUGGCCAAGGACGUGGCUGAGCUGCAGCGGGAGAAUGAGAAGAUGAAGAGCAUCUGCAUUGACGGGGGGCACGCCGUGGACGCCAGCGCCAUCCAGGAAUCCUCCAUGCAGCCUUGGCAGCCGCUGGGGGAGAAAUCCAUCCUGGGCUACAACUUGAAGAAGAAGAUCAACAAGAAGCACCAGAAGCUGUGCCGCAAGAUGCUGACGCCUGAGAUCCAGUACCUGACGGACCUCGGGGUCAACCUGUGGAUCACCAAGCUGUGGAGCCGCGUGCGGGACUUCCUCAAGUGGUAGGAGCAGCAGGUGCCCUGCAGGAGAGCUGGUGGCUCACGUCUUCCUUCCUUCAUGUGUCUUUGGUUUAGACACGAGCAGAACACCAUGGUGGGUCCCCAGCCAACCCCGGGCACCCAAGAGUGGCGGAGGGGACGUGGGGACCCAGUUUGGAGGAAGCAGGUUGUAUGGGUUGCUUGGGGGUUUGAGGUUUUUCCCAACAGGAUCCACUUCUUCCUUCCAUGUGGAAAUGCCAGAGGUGGUAUGUGAAGGGCAGGGCCCCAUCGUGCCCCUGUUGCAGCGAUGGACAUCCAUCACCACCUCCCUGGAGGUGCACAGCGGAGGUCAAACAGCAGUGGGAUCAAUGGAGCAUGGGGCCAGGGACCUGCAGAGGUUUUGGAGCUCACACUGACUCGCACCCAAAGGGCUGCUUUCACCACUCCCAAUCCUUCCAUCCCAGAUUUUGGGCUCCCUGUCCGAGCCCAUCAUGCCAAGCAUGCUACUUGGGCUUCCUCAGUCCAUGGGUCCUCAGUGAACCUGUGGCUGUUGGUCCCCCAGCAAACCCCGGCAGGUUUCUAAGCAUUAUCCAUGCUUGAGUUUGGAGAGCACCAAAACCACCCCAAAGCCUGCGCCAGCAGUGGUCCCCAGCAUAUCCCCGCAGCACCCCAUGGCAGCAGGUCCCCCCAGCAUGCUGUUUUCCCAGUUAGAGGACCCCGUGGUGCUGAUCCCUCCUAAGGACACUCUGGUAGGACCACGAGGUCUGGUGAGAACUGGGGUGGGGAGUAGGCAUGGAGCCCACAGUGCCAGCACCUGGGGUGAGUGACACACAGGGACAGGCAGGAGCAGACUGGGUGCAGCGUGGGGACAGGCUGGGCAGAGCUGGUGGUGGGGACAGCCCCAAUGGGGAUCACCACAUCACAGGGUGCCCUUGGGUGUUCAGGCCGGGCUGGAUGACAAUGGCAUGGGGCAAAGCCGAGAGUGGCCCAGGCCAUGGCACCAUGUGGCUGCAGGGGUGACAGCAGGUUGUCACCUGCCUGGGGCAGCAGCGGGGAGUCCAGCUCUGUCACCCUCUGUGCAUUCAUGUUCUGCUCUGUUUGUGAAGGCAAGCAAUAAAACAACGACAAAAAAAAAAAAAAAAAAAAAAAAAAAAAAAAGCAAUUCUACUUUUGUAAGAUAAUUGUAUUGUAUAUUUGGCAGUUUUUAAUACACCAAUGGUCCAGCUGGUCUCUGUUGGUCUUUG